AUGCACGCCCACAAACUGCUCUUGACCACGAUUGCCUUCGCAGCUUGCGAUGCCGCAGUCAUCUUCGGCCAGCAGCUAGAGGGAGUGUUACCGCGUGUUGCAAACCCCGUCUACAACGCCCCCUACGACAGCAACUACGGCAUAGCAGGUGACGGCUUAAAGGAAGCCGAGAAGGACAAGCGUACUGCAAACCCCGUCUACAACGCCCCCUACGACAGCAACUACGGCAUAGCAGGUGACGGCUUAAAGGAAGCCGAGAAGGACAAGCGUACUGCAAACCCCGUCUACAACGCCCCCUACGACAGCAACUACGGCAUAGCAGGUGACGGCUUAAAGGAAGCCGAGAAGAACUAG